CAGAUUUAGGGACACCUGACCCCUUUCAAGAUCUAAGAUUGCAGAGAUGGAUGGAACACAUGAUGAAAUGGAUUUCUCAUUUGCCCAUACUACUCCCGAUUCAUACGAAUCAGAGCUUGAAUAAAUUUUUGAUGAGAUUCGUAUUGAAAAGCAGAUGGAAAUGUUGAGAGAAAGGUUUGCUGCCUAUUACAAGUCUCCUGGAGAGGAUGAGCCCAAAGAGAAUGAGCCUAAAGGGGAUGAGCCCAAAGAGGAUGAGCUUAAAGAGGAUGAGCCCAAAGGGGAUGAGCCUAAAGAGGAUGAUCGUAAAGAGGAAAAGCAGAAAGAGGAUGAGGAUGAUGAUUACACCCAAAGGGAUGCUACAAAGACUUCUAGGGGAGUAUUCCUCUCUUCUUAUGUGGGUGUAAUAUUUCAAUUAUGUGUCUCCUUAUGUGCAUUAGUCUACUUGGUGACACUAACUGAGAAAUUAAUGAUGACAAUUUACACUAAACUUUACCCUAUGACUAUAUGCAUGUGUGUUGUUUGCGUGUUGUUUGCAAUUUGCUUAUGGUGAGUUUGCUAGUAUUUAUGAUGUUACUAUUUGUGUUAUAGAGCCCUAACAUGUGUUUUUAAAGCCACUCACUUCAGAUUAGUAUAGAAGGUAACAUUCUGUGGCCUCCCAUUAUAUCUAAUGUGUUUGGAGGUUUUAAGACUAUGAACAAACAUACAUUCAUCCCAAAAAAAUGUUUGCUUACAAUACUGUCCAUACACACUUUUGACAAAAGAAACCAGUAAAGUGCAUAUGAUGAG